AUGCUGCCAUCAACCCAGUCUAUCCGACUGAUCGCGCUGCCUCUCUCGAAGCGUUCGAACUCGCUGAUCUACUUCUAUGCUCAGCAACUCCCUUCCCUCGACCAACAAUCCGACCACAAAAGUCCAAGCAAAACAAGCCAAUCUUCCCCCAUAUCACCCUCUGCUCUGAUCAGGAAGCUGACAGAUACCGGGACGAAGCAAUGGAAUAAAUUGGCCGAUUCAGCUCACGGCUCUUGGAAGUCGAAGAUUUACAACACGGGAGAACGUAUGAUGGACAAAAUUCCCUUCGAAGAAUGGGCUUUGAAAUCAAUCGAUCCACCGCCCAUCCCCAGUAAGAUUCCUUCGCCUGAAACUGGAUCGAAAGGGGAAGACGAACCCAGUCAAGUUAUUGAAUUGCUGUAUCCAGGGUCCUUGUGUGUAGAGCGAGAACUGAUGAGUGGAUUGCAGCGUACGAUGGCCGAAAGUGAACCAUAUCACAGGAAAUGGAUGAAAUUGAACAUCGUCCUGUCUCCUCUUACUCUGCCGUGUGCUAUUGUGCCUCUGAUUCCCAACUUGCCAUUUUUUUACAUGAUGUGGAGAUCCUGGAGUCAUUGGAGAGCAUACAAAGCAUCUCGUUAUCUACACCAAAUGAUUGGAUCCGGACACGUGCGCCCGGUUUCAUCAGCGAUCCUAGACAGCCUUUACGCACACACCCAGACACGCGGAAAAGCAAACAAUCGGGGGCGAAAACAUGAAGAGAAGGAUAACACUCCAGAAGAAGGAAAAGCCGAAAGUGAGAUAAUCCUAUCGCAAGAAAUGGUCUUCAAAUUGCAGAAGCAACUCGACCUGCCUCCCGAAAGUACCACGGAAAUCUUCCGAGGCAUACAUCAAGCUCAACAACGCUUAGAAAAUCUAUCCACUAAUUCCACUCCCAAUCCUUCUUCGAACCCAAAUCAACCUUCACCAUGA